AUGUGUUCCAGAGUCUGCAGGAUGGAUUUACUGCACACAGCAGAUCAUCAAAACCUGAAACGGAGAAAGCUCUCCGUGCAGACUGCCACACCUGCCUGCCAAGCUGCAGCUCUGAUGGGCGCGGCUGGGACCAAAGCCCAAAUCUCUCUGUUUUGACUCGCCUGGAGAAAAGUUGAGAGCAAAAAAUAAAGAAAAGAGAAAAACUGAAGAGUUUUUUUUUUAUGUUUGAGGACAUCUCUGCGCAACUUCAAGACGCUCCAUCCUGAGAGGACUCUGGUUCUUCAAGUUAAAAGAAGUUUCUCAAUCCUCGCCUCGRUGGAAAAGAUGGGAUGGACGAGUUAACGAGGCAGAUGGAGAUCUCAGGAGAGAGGGUUGUGACAGAAUCUGUGACCUCCUCAACCAGACUGACGUCUCUCCCUCCAAAGGGAACCGGCGGAUCCAAUCAGCGGAUGAUGUCCAGCGGUGCCGGAGGGCCGGGCUUGGAGAAGAAUGUUUUAACGCAGAGCAGCGGUGGGACCUACUUCUCUUCAUCCUCUGUCGGUGUGACCAGCAGCUACAGCUCCUCCUCGGGAAUCUACCUCGGGGGAGACUCCUCYGGUGGAGGGGAGGGAGGAGGGAGCUACAUAGAUGGAGAGAGCUUUGGAAGAGGAGGAGGAGGAGGCGGGAGCAGCUAUGUGGUGAGCUCUGUGUCAAAGGUCAGGUCCAGCUCGUCGGGCGGUGCCAGGAGAGCGCAGACUGCUGUCUCAGCAGGAGGCCUGUCGCCGGCCUUCAGGGAACGGAAGACCAUAUCCAGCCGCUCGGGGGGCUACGACGGGAGUUCCAGCGCCAACUCCUCUCCAGAAUUCACACGCAAAGAUUAUGGAAACUACUGCUCCAGCACCUCAAGAGGGAGGAGUGAAAGUAGAGAGAGCGAGAUCAGAGCCAGAUUACAAAGUGCCUCCCCCUCUGCCGGAAGAUGGGCAGAGCUGGAAGACGUGAAGAAGCUGCUGAAGGGCCGCUCCAGCAGCGUCAGCCCUACUCGCUCCUCCAGCGCCUCCAUCACCCUGCCCGUCCCGAAAAAGUCCAGCGUGGAGACCAAGACCGUCUCAGUAGCCACUCAGUCAGUGUCGUCUUCAUUUGGCUCCGGUUUGAGAACGGCUGGGUUUGACACCAUUGAUGUAGCUGGCCUCUAUGAUACUGGGAUGACAUCUCGGCAGCGGGAUACUGGAGUCCAAACGGGCCGUUAUGAUGUCACGGUCAAAUCAAGCCAUUAUGAUACUGGCACCAAAUCGAGCCAGUAUGAUGUUAGCCUGGGUUCAGGCCAAUAUGAUGUUGGUUUGAAGUCAGCACAAUAUGAUAUGAGUCUGAAAUCAGGCCAAUAUGAUACUGGUUUGAGGUCAGGUCAGUACGACAGUGUGAGGUCAGGUCAGUACGACAGUGUGAGGUCAGGUCAGUACGACAGUGUGAGGUCAGGUCAGUACGACACGCUGGACGCCCCAUUUCCCACUUUCUCCUGGUCCACCACAACACUACCAUCCUCCUCCGCCGCUCCAGUUGUCYCUGGCAACACCAGCAGCAGCUACACCUACCAGGUCAGCCAGACCGGCACCAACAACAUGCCAGGGGGGUCCCCACCACUCAGCCCUGUCUCACCCCCAUCCCUGUCAGUUUAUGGCUUUCAAAAUAAUCUGGCACCCACCUCCAGCGGUGUUCUUACCACCAGUGGCGCCAAUGUCUCUGCAAAUGCCGGAGGAUAUGGUGUUCAGAAGAACGUGUCAAACGGCGGAGGUGUCAUCAGCUCUGGGGCCUCUACAGCUACAAGAUUCCAAACUGACGAUGCCUACAGGAGGGACUAUAAGUACGUGGCUUCUGAGAAGGAGAACGUUCCUGCCAGGAGAGAUGGAGAGAUGCUCAUUUUGGCCAAAGACAGUGGGAAGCAGUUCACCACCACCACCACCGGCAGCAGCGGCGUUCAUGUUGGAGGAGGUUCGCUGUCAGGAGAUUCCAUCAAGAAGGAGAAACUUAUUUCCAGCUACGUUGACACGGCCCCACUGAAAGCAGACACGGGGAACUCUUACUACGGAUCGUCUGGAGUUUUAAUGAAAGACAAAGCAACGUAUGCAGAGAUCCGCAGAGACAGCGGCGUCUUCGGAGGCGGAGGCUUCUGCUGCUGCUCCGACGCGUGCUGCUCCUGGUGGAAGUGGCUGCUGGGCUUGCUCCUCCUCGGCCUCCUCCUGCUGGGACUCUUGUUUGGCCUCAUCGCACUGGCUGAGGAUGUGAGGAAGCUGAAGAGCCGAGUGGCGACAUUGGAAUCCGAGGCCUCGGUUGCUGCUGCUCGCACUAGUCGACUGUCAGGUUUCACCAAUGACAUCAACUCCCACGUAAGCGGCGGCAGUGGCGGCGUUGGCGGUGGCGGAGGUACCGGUACUGACACGGUCUUCAUGGGAGGCGGAGGCUCGGAUUCCAAAACAAAAAUUGACAUCACUCUUGUUGGCGGCGGCACCACCGGUGGCAACGACAUUGACAGGGGCACUUUAGUCAUCGGUGGGGUUGCAGGAGCCGGAGCCGGAACCGGUGGCGGUGCCGGCAGUGCUGGUGCCGGUGCUAACGCUGGUGCUGGUGCCAAUGCUGGUGCUGGUGUUAGUACUGGUGCUGCUGCUGCUGGUGGUGGUGGUACCAGUUUGAGUGGCAGUGCUGGUGGCGCCAGUUCAAGCAGUAGUGCUGUUGGUACCGGUACCAGUAUCGGUGGUGGCACCAGCCUCGGUACCAGAGUGAGUGGAAGAUACAUCGAUGAUGCUGUUCUUCUGAUGGCCAUAAAGCAAAUGUUGCGAUCUGAGGUGCAGUCCCAGGAAUUCAGAGCUGUUCUUGCAACCUCAGUUCAGGCAGAGAGAGGAUUGCCUGGACCUAAAGGUGAUUCUGGUUUUCCUGGAAAUCCAGGUGUACCAGGUCCAAUGGGACAUCCUGGCCCUGAGGGUCCAAAAGGACAGAAAGGAAGCCAAGGUGAACACGGACAGGAGGGGGCAACGGGUGUCAGGGGUCGUGAGGGUCCACCUGGGCCCAGAGGCGAUCCGGGACCUCCAGGUUUUGGACUGAAAGGUGCUCGCGGAGAUCCUGGACCUUCUGGACCUGUGGGACUUGCUGGGGAGCCUGGACAAAAAGGCGCUCAGGGAGUUCCUGGAUCAGCCGGACCACCAGGUCAGCCAGGUCCUCAGGGUUUCCGUGGCGAGUCUGGGCUACCUGGGGCUAAAGGGGACAGGGGUCUUGCUGGAUUUCAAGGACUCAAAGGUGACGUUGGUUUACCAGGUCAGCCAGGUAUACCAGGAGAGAAAGGCGCCAAAGGAGCUAUGGGAUUUUCUGGACAAGAAGGAGCAAAAGGAUCGAGAGGUGACCAAGGACCUUCUGGGCCUCCAGGACUCAGAGGUCCUGUUGGACCUCCUGGAGAGGCUGGACUUCCAGGAACCAUUGGGCUUCAAGGACCACCAGGAAUACCAGGGAAUCCAGGCCAACCUGGGGUCAAAGGUGAACCCGGUGUACCAGGGAGAAUCAUCAAUGCAGCUGGCUCCACCUCUGUUGGCAUCCCAGGGCCGCCUGGGCCUGCUGGUCCCCCUGGGCCUGCUGGACCUCCAGGAUUAUCAGGUCCCAUUGGCCCUGCUGGUCUUCCUGGCUCACCUGGUCCUAAAGGAGACAGAGGAUACAAGGGAGACCAAGGAGAACCUGGAAUAGCAGUCAGGACCAGUCAAAGUAUAUCCUCCUCUACAGCAGAGAGACAGCACAGCUCCAGUGCACACUCAGAACUGCGUGGCCCACCGGGUCCACCUGGGCCUCCUGGACGUCCAGGCGAUUCAAGACAGGGCCCCCCAGGACCACCUGGGCCUCCAGGCCAGCCAGGUUAUGGAAGUCUUGGACCUAAAGGAGAAAAGGGAGACGCAGGUUUUUCGUCCAGCUCUGGAACAUUUUAUACUGGACCACCAGGACCUCCUGGGCUUCCUGGGUCUAAAGGAUCAACAGGUUCUCCUGGACCACGUGGAUACCCAGGUGACCCAGGCUCACCAGGUGUGCCUGGGACUCCAGGAAGACCGGGAUUCGCUGAGGGAGGAAAUGUGAUCGCUGGACCACCAGGUCCACCAGGACCUCCUGGACGACCAGGACUACCUGGAGUCAAAGGUAAACCCGGCAUCCUGCUGAAAGCAGCUCAGAGUUUUAUUGACUGCAAUCCAGUUGUGCUCCUGGUCCAAAGGGUUUCAAUGGUGAAGCUGGACCCUCAGGACCAAAAGGUGACCGAGGAGCUCCAGGGGUGCCAGGAACCAAAGGGGAUCAAGGAGAAAGAGGACCACGUGGACCAGCAGGUCUGUGAACCUGGAACAUCUGGACCACAAGGCCCAUCAGGACCAAUGGGGUCAAAAGGAAGUGCAGGUGAAACGGGCUCCAUGGGACCUCCUGGUGCUAGAGGACCACCAGGACUUCCUGGUGAUAUUGGUCCUCCAGGUUCUCCMGGGCAGCAGGGACCUCCAGGACUCGCAGGAAACCCAGGACAGCCUGGCAGCAAAGGUGAACCAGGAUCACCUGGGAAAGUCAUCGGUCCAAUUACUUCUGAUACUGUGGCCAUCCCUGGACCUCCAGGACCAUCUGGGCCUCCGGGUCCUGCAGGACUUCCUGGUUUAUCUGGUCCCAUUGGUCCUGCUGGWGUUCCAGGACAACCAGGUCCAAAAGGAGAUUCUGGGGAGAAAGGAGAUAAAGGAGAGCAAGGUCAACGUGGUGAACCAGGAGCCGGACCUGCAGGUCCACCAGGACCACCAGGUCCUCCAGGACAAGCUGGUCCUCAGGGUCCUCCUGGUGAAGGUAAACAAGGUCCUCCAGGCCGUAGAGGACCACCUGGAGAGCCAGGUGUUGGUGACCCUGGACCUCCAGGGAAGAAGGGAGAGCCRGGCAGCUUUGUGCCCACAUCAGAAACCUUCUUUGCCGGACCACCAGGACCUCCAGGCCCACAGGGUCCACCAGGUGACGAAGGACCUCAAGGCUACCAAGGAGAGCCGGGACAGCCUGGUCUUCCAGGAGAACCAGGAGUUGGUUUCCCUGGACCUCCUGGUCCAGAGGGACCACAAGGACCUAAAGGAGAUCCUGGAAUCCAGGGAGCUGAGCCUGGUAGCUCAUAUAUUCCAGGCCCACCUGGUCCACCAGGCCCACCUGGUCCACCUGGAACUGAACCGGGCAAUGUGGGCCAGUACAUAGCAGACUAUCUUCAGAGUGARGGCAUCAGACAGUACCUGGCUGGGCCUCCUGGGCCUCCUGGACCUCCAGGGGAACCAGGAUCUUCUGGUCCAUCAGAAGAUGGACUUGUGGAUGAUGUUGCCAGCAGAGUCAUCGCCUACAUUCAGAGUUCAGGUUCAGGAGCCCCUGGUCCUCCUGGUCCACCUGGACCCGUCUCCGUCAAUGACAUCAUCAAUGUGUUGCAGCGAGAAGACGUCAGGGCCUACAUUACAGGUCCACCUGGUCCACCAGGACCUCCUGGAGGUCCAGGUUUUGGUGGCUACCCCUUCAACACCCAGGAUCUUGCUGAACGGGUCUACAGUCUGAUGAACGAGAGGGGGGUGUCGGGUCCUCCUGGACCUCCUGGGCCUCCUGGACCCCCUGGAAACCUGUUAGCAACUGGAUUUCAAUCCCUUGUUGGCCCUCCGGGACCUCCUGGUGCACCAGGUACUCCUGGACCACAAGGUCCGCCUGGACCACCUGGAACUCCAGGAUUUGGGAGCUACGUCAGCUCAGAUAUUCGUGAUUACCUGCAGAGUGUUUCCUUUAGAGGCCCUCCAGGACCCCCUGGACCUGAGGGCCCCCCUGGUCCCAUUGGACAGAUGGUCUCGUUUACAGACCCCAUAGCUGGAGAGAAGCUGAAGGCUGAACGAGAGGAAUACGUCCGGACUGAAGACGGUCUGAGCAGAGCCAUGUUUGGACUUCCUGGUCAACCAGGACCCCCAGGACCCCCAGGACACAAGGGAGAGCCAGGUGUUCCUGGUGACACCCCCYACUACUCCAUCUUGGCUGGAAAAGUAACUGAUUACAUCAAAGCACACGGUCUUCUGGAGGACAUUGUACAAGGACCUCCAGGACCACCAGGACCCCCAGGUCCCUCAGGGAACAGCAYAUGGUCCAGUUCUCAUGGAAACAGCACAGAACUGAUAGAAUUAAUUAAAAACCAUGGAGCCAUUGUGGGACCACCGGGGAGACCAGGACUGAAAGGGGAGGCGGGACAUCCUGGACCGAAAGGACCAAAAGGUGAACGAGGCCUUCCUGGAGCUCAGGGACCCAAAGGUGACAGAGGAGAAUUCUCAGUGACAGCGAAGAGGAGGAGGAGCGCUGGAUUUUGACCUUUGACCUCCCUGCAGGAUCCUGUACAGAUGUUUUACUUCAUGGUUGUAUUUUUGUACUUUAAAGAGUAUUUUUUACCCUGGUUGUAUUGAUGAUGUGUACUGAGGGCUUUUAAUGUGGUGAUGUUUUAUGUUGGGACUGAAUUAACUGUCUGUUUUAGCCUGUUGCUGCGUUUUUUGAUGUGAUUUUGUGUGAAAACACAGGAAGCUCUUUCAUUUGAAAAUUUAUUUACAUAUAUAAUCAACAGGAAGAGAAAACUUCUAUAAACUACACGUUUUUUAAAAAAAAAGAUGCUUGAUGAUUCUUGGUUUUGAAUCAACAGAAAUUGAAGACGGCUGAAACUUU